GCACCGCCUCCGGAUCCCAUGGCCGGGACGCGCUGGGUGCUAGGGGCGUUGCUCCGGGGCUGCGGCUGCAACUGCAGCAGCUGCCGGCGCACCGGCGCCGACUGCCUGCCCUUCUACUCGGCCGCCGGCACCUUCCCGUCGGGCGUCUCAGGCCGCCGCCGCCUGCUGCUGCUGCUCGGGGCCGCCGCGGCCGCCGCCUCGCAGACGCGCGGCCUGCAGCUCGGGCCCGCGGCCGCCGGGAGACUGGCGGGUCCCGUGCCCGCCCGACCCUCCGCCGCCGCGGCCGCCGCAGCCUCCUACUCGGCCCUGCGCGCCCCGCUGCUCCCGCCGUCGCUGGCGGCCGCCGCGGGCCCGGCGCGGGGUUACAGCCAGGAGUCCAAAACUACCUACCUGGAAGACCUCCCACCGCUACCUGAGUACGAACUGAGCCCAUCCAAGUUAGCUCAGGAGGUGGAUGAUGUCUAUCUCAUUCGAGCUCAGGGACUGCCUUGGUCCUGCACUGUGGAGGAUGUUCUUAACUUUUUCUCAGACUGCAGAAUCCGCAACAGUGAAAAUGGAAUCCAUUUCCUCUUAAAUAGAGAUGGGAAACGGAGGGGUGAUGCCUUAAUUGAGAUGGAGUCCGAGCAGGACGUGCAGAAGGCCUUAGAAAAGCACCGGAUGUACAUGGGGCAGCGCUAUGUGGAAGUGUAUGAGAUAAACAAUGAAGAUGUAGAUGCCUUAAUGAAGAACCUGCAGGUCAAGUCUUCUCCUGUGGUAAAUGAUGGUGUGGUUCGCUUGAGAGGACUUCCUUAUAGCUGCAAUGAGAAAGACAUUGUCGACUUCUUUGCAGGACUAAACAUAGUAGACAUUACUUUUGUGAUGGACUAUAGAGGAAGAAGAAAAACAGGGGAAGCCUAUGUACAGUUUGAAGAACCAGAAAUGGCCAGCCAAGCGCUUCUAAAGCACAGGGAGGAGAUUGGGAACAGAUACAUAGAAAUAUUCCCAAGCAGAAGAAAUGAAGUUCGAACACAUGUUGGAGCUCAUAAGGGAAAGAAAGUGGUAUCGUCGUCUCCUUCUGCUAAAUAUAUAACUGAGCCAGAGGUAGUAUUUGAGGAACAUGAAGUAAAUGAAGAUAUUCAGCCUGUGACAGCUUUUGAAAGUGAUAAAGAGAUAGAACUGCCUAAGGAGACGUCAGAGAAACCUCCAGAGGCCGUCGACUUUGGAUCUGCACCUUCACUCCAUUUUGUCCACAUGCGGGGCUUGCCUUUCCAAGCGAAUGCCCAAGACAUUAUAAAUUUCUUUGCUCCAUUGAAGCCUGUGAGGAUCACCAUGGAGUACAGCUCUAGUGGGAAGGCCACUGGAGAAGCUGACGUGCACUUUAAGACCCAUGAGGACGCUGUAGCAGCUAUGCUCAAGGACCGGUCCCAUGUUCAACAUAGGUAUAUCGAGCUGUUCCUAAAUUCAUGUCCUAAAGGAAAAUAAGAGUUGAACAGAACCCCAGAUGAUAAGGAUGAAGCAGGAAGCAUAUCCUUUGCACAUCUCUCUUGAACAUGGGAUACAAAGAUCCAGUUGAUAGACUGUGACCGCUAGAGAAAGGAUCUGGGCGUCUGAUGACAGUGCUCCGAAGGAAAAUUCACAGUGGAGUGUUUAGAUUGAGAAAGAUUCAGUUUAGGAUUAUGAAAUAAGCUACAAAUUUAAAAUUCCAUUUAAACAGUCCUGGGUCUGAUUGGGAAAGUCUGGUUUCUGUAACUUAGUUUCUGUCAUAGAGGAUAUACUGCAGCUGUAAGAUGAUGUUUCCAUUCAGUGCUGCUCUUUAGAACCUUAUUCCUGCUUGUUUUUGCCUAUGACUGAGAGCUCUGAUGUAAAAUUUCUCAUGAAAUAAAAUAGUGGUGUAUUUAUACUAGACACUCACCAAAGCAAGGGAAGGUUUCAGAACUUUAAUAAGGCAGUGUGAUUUGGUCAAGUAGUGUUUAAAUUUGUCUGUAUUUGAUUGCCUAGGAGUAGAAAUUUUAAAAAAAAAUACAAACCACAGGUUAUUGAGCAUAAGUGGUCACUUGGCAAUUUGUCUGUAGAAACACUAGACUCACUCUGCCUCCCUAGGCCUUGACCUAUAAAGGCUUUUAACUUUGGCACCUGUCUGUAUCGAGAAGUUUAGGCUAAUUUAAAAUUUCCCUGAGUCUCCCUUUCCUUUACCUUUUUUCUUUCUUUCCUUCUUUAUCUUUUUUGUUUUGGUUUGGUUUUGGACAAAUCAUAAGGCUGUUUGUUAGGUUUGAAAUCAUAAAGUGACAUCAAAGCAGUCCAGACUGUAAGGACAUUCAUAGCUUCACUUGAAUUAAACCAGGUCUAGUUGGAAAUAAAACAAUCCGACUCUCCUCAUUUGCUUUUCCAGUGGGGUAGCCACCCCAUAUUUUAGAACAAGUAGGGGUGCCUUGCUUAAAUAAAACUAGCAUUUAAUAUAUAAUUGUGUGAGGGUUUAUGAAUAAAGCUGUAUUUCUGUCACAUUGUGGCAGUACCUUCUGCUUUAAUACUAAAUAGCUUGUUAUUUAAAUAUUGGACAAAAUGGCUGGCUUCAAAAAUAGUCAUUAAUAAACUUAACUUUAUGUAUACCUGUGUAAAACAA